AUGGCGCCCUCCCUCAGCAUGUCCUCCGUGCUCGCCAUCCUGCUCCUCUACCCCGACUCCAACGCCUCCAACAGCCCCCGCCUCUUCGCAAAAUACUACUCCGAACCACACCACCUCCCCGGCUCCGGCCCCUCGCAACCCGCCUACCCAACACUGGCCUCCCAGAAAGCAUUCGAGAAGGGCCUGCUAGAAAAGACAGCGAAGCAGACAUCCGACGUGAUAUUGUACGACAACAAAGUGGUCGUGUUCAAGACGGAGAGCGAUGUCAUGAUGUAUGUGGUGGGCGAGGCCAGUGAGAAUGAGGUAUUGCUGUACAACGUCGUGCUAUGUCUUCGGGACGCCCUCAGCAUCCUCCUAAAGUACGUCUCCCUCCCUCUUCAUGUGCACAUGAGCGGCCCUCCACCAAACCAAACCUCUUCCUAUGCAAAUCUCCCCUGGCUCACUCGCUCACUCUCGCUGCGCAGAAAUUCAACAGACAAACGCACCCUCCUAGAAAAUUACGACCUCCUCUCCCUCACAAUCGACGAAAUCGUAGACGACGGCAUCAUCCUCGAAACCGAUCCCGUCAUGGUCGCUUCUAGAGUGUCGAAAGCGCCAGCGCAAGACGCCCCGAAUAUGAAGAAUAUUGAUCUCAGCGAGCAGGGAAUCCAGAAUCUGUGGGAGUUUGGGAAGAAGCAGGGGAUUGAGUUUGUGCGGAGGAAUUU